CGCGACCUCGUGUCUCGUGUGGCGCUGCUAUCGCUGCUGCGCGCUGCGCGCAUGAUGCAGCGUUUGCGUUCAAGGGACGGGUUGCUUUCGGUUACUUUCGUUUUUGACUUGUGAUGUCGUUGUUAGAUUAGCAACGUUUUUGGUUUUACUCUCUUCGAAAUCCUGACCAGGAAUGGAUUCUAUAGACAGCUCUACGAGCGACAGCAUAAGUUCUCUUUUUCAAGAGAGCGAACCAGAGCCAAGCUUCUUCGGUAUUCUGCUGAACUUCAUCUCAACAAAUGGCUGGUUUAUCACAUUUGGACUCAUCGGCUUGUACAUGCUGUACAGGAAACUUGGCUCGUACCUACCAACAAUGAGCACAGUCUCGCCACCUGCACAACAGGCCUAUGGACCAUCAGAAGCAGAUGAAUUCGUGAAGCGGCAAGAAGCUCUGGAGCGGGCACGUCAAAGGAUGCAAGAAAAGCAAGACGCGCUAGCUGAGAAGCAGAAAGAAAAGAUAGCUCAGCUUGAAGAGCAGAAACGGCAAGAGAAGAUAAAAAACUGGGAGCAGUUGCAGCAGGGACUUGGCCUUGGUUCAAAGCUACGAACCACGUCUACCAAUGAGAGCUCUGCCGAGCCCAACAGACUAUCGCGGAGACCCCGGGGAAGCCAAGACGGCAGCGAUCGCCUUCGUAACUCGGAUUACAACCCGCUCACGGGUUCUUCGGGAGGCUCCUCGUACAGGCCAGAGAGGAGGUGUGUGAGCCAGGGUGGAUGAGGUUAAAGCACGGGGUUCACCUUUUCAUUUAUGCAAGCUGUGGUGUUGCUUUUCUAGUUGCUGACAUGCGACACAUUGUGAACGCUUGUUUUACUAGCUUACAGCAUUGAAGCAUUACUCUACAACCCGUCUAAGUCUUUGUUAUUUUUACUUUGCAGUAUUUUUGAUACCCUCAAAAUUGUUUCGUAUCUUCCUCAAUAAAUUUGAGCUGCUCCAACCUUUCGCUCUGCACCGUCUGUCUGAUGUGCUGACAAAUGUAUUAGCAUUUUUUUCUUCAGAAAAUGUGCAUGUUGACAGCUUGACGAUUUAGCAGAGAAAUGCUUCACCACAGCUGCAGAAAUGUGAACCCCCUGCUUUCUGCUACAUGAGCGUACCUCAGUGCGUACUUGCUGUAUUCGUUCCUUGGGACCAAAGGUAGCCUGGGACUAACACAAGCACGCACACUCAUGAUGUCAUUACUGGAACUGGUUCGCAGCCAACGGUAUUGAUGGAAGGAGGGAUCUGAAUGUGGCAACUGCUUUUUGGAGACUCCAUGUGAAUAAAUUUACACGACCAUUCCUGGGUUUAGAAUCUCUCUAUGUCCCUUUGAAACCAGAAAUUGAGUUGUAAAUAAACGUACAUGUCCAUUUCA